GUUCCAACGUCAUUGUUGGCAUGUUACAUUUGAAAAAUUACAUUCUACCAUGGUGUUUAAACUUUAAUGUUUAUUUUUGCAAGGGCUAUGUGGGUAUUCGGUUAUGGAUCGUUAAUAUGGAAAGUGGAUUUUAAAUAUGAACUUAAGAUAACUGGCUUUAUCAAAGGAUACCAUCGAAGGUUUUAUCAGCACAGUAUUGACCACAGAGGGGUUCCAAACAAGCCAGGGAGAGUUGUUACAUUAAUUCCUUGUAAAGACCAUCAUGCAAGAGUGUGGGGAGUAGCAUAUAAAAUCUACAACAAUGAUGUUGAAGAAGUAACAAAUCACCUAGAUUUUCGAGAAAAAAAUGGAUAUUCAAAAAUAACUGUUAUGUUCCAUCCAAAUGAUAACAAUAUUAAGCCAUAUGAAAUUAUCAUUUAUGUAGCUAAGGAAGAAAACGAAUCAUAUGCUGGUCCAGCCUCAAUUGAGGAAAUCGCGAAGCAGGUGAUCAGCUGUGAGGGACCCAGUGGAACAAAUAAAGAAUAUGUCUACAAUUUAGCAGAAGCAACUCGACAACUUGUGCCGGAUUUUCAUGAUGACCAUCUGUUUUCCCUUGAAGCUGCUGUGAGGAGAUUAGACCCUGAUUUAUGAUAAACGCUAUUGGUGUUAUUACAAAACACGUGUUGAAUACUUGUUUUAAAUAUUAAAUAUCCGUAUCUGUU